GGUUAUAUGAAAUUUGACCAGUGGGCAGUAAAAUUUAUAGAUACACCACAUAUUCAAAGAUUGCGUGGUAUCAAGCAAUUAGGAACUACUUUCUAUGUUUUUCCAGGUGCAACUCAUAGUCGUUUUGAACACAGCUUGGGAACGGCACAUCUAGCUUAUACCUUAACCAAAAAACUACAGUUUCAAGUUUGUGAAAAUUAUUCUGAAUAUGAUCUAAGAAACCUUAAAUGUGUGACUUUAGCUGCUUUGUGUCAUGAUCUAGGACAUGGACCAUAUAGUUAUCUGUUUAACCGUGACUUUAUUAGAAACCGCUUAGAGGUCGAAGAUUGGGACCUUAAGGUUAGAUCUGUAAUGAUGUUUGAAGAUAUUAUUAAAAAUUACGUCAAGUUGGAUUCUAUCGGAUUGAAAGAGGAGGAUGGGGAAUUCAUCAAAGAACUUAUUAAGGAUGUUGACAAAUUUGAUUACCUUGCACGAGACUGUUAUUAUUCAGGAGUGGAGCUAUCAUAUAAAUUUUCGCGAUUGAUGGAGUCUUCUCGCGUCUCGAGUGAUAAGGAGCAGAUAAUCUAUUCACAUAAAGAUUGCUAUAACAUUUACCAAAUGUUUCAUACAAGAUAUUCUUUACACAAGGUUGUAUAUAAACAUAAAGUUGGUAGAGCAAUUGAUCAUAUGAUAUGUGAUGCACUUGAGAAAGCAGAUCAACAUUUCAAUUUCAAAAGUGCGAUCCGUGAUCCUAAAAAGUAUAUGCGACUUAGUGAUUCUAUUUUUUAUGAAAUCGAAUAUUUGGGCGGACUCAAAAAUGCACUCCUUAAUCAUGAAAUAAUCAAUACUAUUGAAGAAUUAACCGAACAAAAUAAGCACCGCGGUUAUACUCUUAUCAAUGCGUUAUUAAAAGUUAUAUCACGUUUUGCGGAUGGAACACUUAGUGACAGACAAAUACUGGAUGACAGCCAAGUACCGAAUAACAGCCAAGUACUAGAUGACAACCAAGAAGCGCCAAGUAACGACGAUAAUUUGAAAAAAUCGAGAGAUAUUUUGAAUAGGAUUAAACGGAGGGAUUUAUACAAAUUUGUGACCGAAUAUAAAAUUUCGUUUGAAGAAAAAACGUUUGAACAAAAAACAAAUAAUUAUCGCGAUGGCAUCACUAAUGAGAAAAUUGCUAAUAAGAAUCCCGGUGAGUUAGAUAAACAUGACAUAAUUGUCGACUGGCUAACGUUAGAUUAUGGAAAAGAAAGUGAUAAUCCAGUAGAUGACGUCAAAUUUUAUGAUAAAUAUUACGAAGUCAAAACCAUUUAUUCGUACCAAGUUAGCAGCCUUCUUCCAUUAGAAUACUGUGAAAAAAUAGUUCGCAUAUACACACGUAAAAAUGACAAGAUUGAACUAAUUAAAAAUGCUUUUCAUAAACUACGGGAUGAGUUAAAACCAACCGAAGAACAACUAAAAAAGAUGGACAUAAAUUAA